GAAAAAAGUUGCUAGGACUCAGUCCCGACAAUUCAGACCCCUCAAAGCCGGAAAACAACAAAAAAAAAAAAAAAAAAAAAAAGAAAGCACAGUAAUGCCGUCAGCCCGCCACUGUCCUUGAUGAUCAGAUCCAGGGCUGCGGUCGGCAACUUCGUCUGCCUCAGAUGUCAAGUCCGACGACCUCCUUACAAUGGCCCAAGGACCGCCAUCGCAGAAGCCCGCCCUGUCGCCCACAGGGGCAUAAACCGAGGAGGCCAGAUACGUUACAACGGCACUAAUGCCAGCUCUAACGAUGCGGCUCCUGCGAAUUCCGAAGCCAACGCGGAAGCGAAGCCACACGAACCUCCGAGCCAUGACUCCUUGAGACUCAGGCGUACUUAUCGGGAUCAGCGUGAAGUUUACUGGAGCAGAGGGAGAGGCAGAAUCGUUCCAACUUCGCAGGAUUUGUCCGUUAGUAUCUUGGGAAAGCCUGCAGAAGCUUUAAUCAUGCAAGAUUUGGGAGACACCCAGCUACUCAAAGGCAGGGAUGGGGCCAAGGCAACAAGGUCUAAAUCCAAUGAAAGCAAGAAAAAGGUCAAAGAUAAACCCGCUGGAGGCAGGACGAAGGCGCAGGCACAGGCACAGGCACGGGAGGAGUUUCUUGGCGAUGGAGAAGCAUUUACAUCGCCAGUCCAGACCAAAGCCUGGGACGACAUGUUCCAGGGCCGUUCACAAAAUCCCACACCAGACGAGAUCCAGGCCUACAUUUCCGAGCUGCGACCGACCGGUGACGCCCUCAUUCCACAACGCGAAUUUGAUCAGCUGAUAGAGACUUUGAUCACCGGCUUCACCAACAAACAGUUGGCCAGGUAUGUAGCUGAAAAUCCAGCUAAAAUGGGUCUCAAGGAGCUUCCCGGUGGCAAGAAAGCCGCUUGGAUUGUGGAUAUGAAACCGUGGAAGUCCGAAAACACACUUUCGAGGCAAAGAGGGCUCCCGACUCUCCAAACGGUUGCAGGGCGGCCAAUGCAUAUCAAAGAGGCACUGGUCCUACGACUGAUGCAGGACUGCUGGGGUCUUUCUGUGCGGGAACUGGUCAGUGGCAUGGGACACCUUGAUGUACACAUCAGGAAUCCCGAGUUUUCGUUGCUCCUGGUCGGAACAAGGCGGUGGCUCCAGUCCAUUUCCCGCGUCUACCUCAGAAAUGUCGGUGGGCGCGUAGAGUUGAGGCGCUCUGAUCGCUUGAUGCGCAUCUUUGCACCCAAGGCAAUAGCAGAGACUAUCCUUGACGACAUCGACGAGCUCCUCAACUGGGCCGUGACGGAGAGGAUACAGCUCGACUCCAUCACAUCAGAAACACCUAGCAGGGGGGCUCUGGACCAACUUGCGGGGCUGACAAACUCACACAUCGAGUUUGACGAGAAGAGCAGGGAAAUUUUUGUAUCAUGGAUUCAUAAGAACAAGCCUGCUGUGGGUGAGGGUAGAAAGGUUGAGAACACGGCCGAGAAGGUAUACCGCCUUUUGCUGACGGCUUAUGACCCCGCUGGAGUAUCAACCUCGACCGCUGUCUUUCCCACUGUGGACGCCGGCAAGGAACCCGGUAGCUUAAUUGUCGAUCACGGCGUUCGCCCUACGAAUCCGCCUUGGAACUUCCAAACCAGCUCGUGGGCAAGGCUUCAGCGUCCGCAAUCAAAAGCGGAUUUGGACACCCCGGUCGCCGAGUCUCCUCUUAAAGUGGCACCAUCAUUGCUCAGGUGGCCAGUUGAUAGCAUUUUCCGGGAGCACUUCCAUUUCUUCAAAGAUCGACAUAAAUCCUUUGCUGGCGAAGUUACUCACGGUGGACGCUGGUCCAAGGCUUGCACUGCCACGCAAGCCACCUUCGGCCACUUGAUGCACGGGUACGAAGAAAUCCUCUCGGCUGGUAGCCGCAUGCCAGUGACUCCUGAGUGGACGUCCCCACGGAUGCUUUUCCCUACCACACCCUCCUUGCUUCACCAGGACAUGGGACAGCCUCAACCCGCCGGCCCUCACCGUACCGAUCUCAUCAUCCGCUUCGUCCCUUCACCCUCAAACCCAUCAACAAAUACGCACAAACCCCCGACGCUGGAGCUCCGCUUUCUCGCCCAAAAGUACAUGAUCCGCGGCAUACAGAGAGCAACGCUCUUCGCGAUCCACGGCACCCACCAGGCCGACCUCCUACUCCCUUCAAUGCCGGUCGAUGCGCGCAUUAAUCAACGUCAGGUCUCGAUGCUCCGCGGCGCGGACCUCCACAGCGUGCCGAACAUGGGGCCCCUGCGGGAAUUCAUCGUGCACUCCACAUUCGACCUCAUGGGCAACGUCUUCCGCACCCCCUCGUCGAUGAAGGGGCUUCUGCUGCCUGAAUAUCUCAUGGGUGACGGGAAAGGUGAGCCGUCGGAAGAGGGAAGCGAGGGGGCAUUCGUCAAGGUUGAUUACGUCUUUGCCGACGUGGAACUGCACCGCCGGAUCGUCUUUGACGUUGACGGUGAAAACGUAACCUACACCAGCAUCCGGAACCCUGCGCAGCCGGGAAUCAACAGGGCCGAGGUCUCGGUGCACCCAUCGCUGCCGUCUUCGCUGCCACCCGGCGUGGGAGACUCGGAGACCUCCGAGGCUGAUCUGAACGAGAUCGAAAAGUCCAUAGCAGGAUUAGCCAUCGAAGAGCCUGAGGUCGUCUCUGGUCGGUUCUUGCAGAGCAUCGUGAAGUUGGCUACCAACAAGGCGAUGAAAUGGGCAGUUGUAUAAUAGCCUUUUUCUGCAUGUCAAAACACUUAUAUUAUUGUAACUCUAUGUAUAGGAUAUGUAUGUCUAUAUGAUUUCUUUUCUUAUCCCGGUCAGCAGAUGUUAAGUUGUCACCGUUAGCACCUAGGUUUUGGGUUGUGUCUUCUCAGUAACAAAGUCAACAAUUAGGUUGAUACGCAAUCUAUAGUUUGCUGUCUAUACUUGGAUAAUGUUUGGCAAAUACUGUUGAACCCAGGGUCGGUCAAAUUCCCCUCUUGAACCCCAAAGUAACUUGGGCAUCCUUUGGUGGCUGGACUAGAGCAGUAUCCUAUACUCUCCGUCUCGCCACACGUCAAUCCAUACUUCCACUGGAUCUUCACUUAGGACCAAAGCAGCACUUAAACUGUGACAAAGUUGAAACCCAGUCAGCUCAGCACACACACACACGAACACACACACGAGCACGCACAUGCACGCACCACCCCCCGAGCGUUCUCUCGUGAACUUAUUUUCUUUUGAUGUUUCGGACUUGCGUCAACGGAGCAUGCAGCGCCGUUUGUGCUAACCACAGGAAAGAAUAACUGUGGCCUGCUGCCGUCCCAGGCGCUGCCGGUUGGACAAUUAUGUCUGGCGCUGCAGGUGUCGCCGCUCAUGGUGCCUCCGCUGAUGAGUCUUCGGCAACCGCUGAGGGCGGACAACGACGGAGCACCCAGGCAGGACAUAAGAGGAAAUAGCAUAACUGGCUGCUGUUUUCUUUUUUUUUACCUGGUGGAGCGACUCCAAUGGAAGUCAGCUGCUACAGUACUGCUCUGACACGUUCGCCUGAGCUUCUAUACUACAGGGCCUGUUAACUUUGGUUCAUUAUGUUUAUUGUAGUUUUUGCCUCACAACCUUUCUUGUUGUUUUUCACCAAGCUUGUACUUAGACGUCGAGCCCAACUCGGUAUUACCAUUUACCAGUAACAUCACAGACCUGCGCGUCACAGCUGGUGAUGCCAUGAGCCACUGUGUCACGUGUACCUGCCCGAGCCUCGUGUGAUUGUCCGACUUGAAUGUCUAAACCAG